AUGCUUUUCUGGGCUGGCUUGCGUGGCGCUGUCGGAGUCGCACUAGCUGCAGGCCUAGGAGGUGUAAAUGGACCAGCAUUACGCGCGACUGUUCUUGUCGUUGUGGUGCUCACCGUGAUAAUUUUUGGAGGCACAACAGCGCGUAUGUUGGAGAUUCUUGGGAUCAGAACCGGUGUGGUUGAAGAAAUCGAGUCUGAUGAUGAAUUCGAUAUUGAACUGUCCAACGGAGGAACUUAUUACAAACGCUCUGAUACCGGCCUGGGAUAUACUCCUCGCCGUACAGACAACAUACCCCUGGAUGGGGUGCAGCGAAGGGAUAUAGACCGGAACAACAGUUACUCGAGCGGUAACAAUCGGCGCCCCAGCCCCACAUCGUCGUCGCGACCGGGACGAGGGCAUUCCCGAAUGUUUUCAGACGCAUUUGGCCUCAAAGACACCCAUACAACGCGUGACCGCUCAUCGACCGCGACUCUCCUGGGUGCACGCCCCGGAAGUCAUAGCGGUAGCGAGAGCGCCAGCGAAGAUGAGUUUGGCCUGAAGGCCGCCGGCAAGCGCCGAGCGCACGAUAAUGACCACCUAGACGCCUUUGAUCUUGAUGUGGAUGAAGCACAUUCAGAUGAUGACUUGCCUCCAGCUGCCCCCACACGGAUGCGGCGCUCACCAUCGCAACCGCCGCAAUAUCUGACCCCAUCGCAGACACCGCAAGAAUCGGAGAGCGCAUCACCCUCGCGACGCGAAACGGGACGAACUGCACGCGAGACGAUCCGGGACCUCUUCUCAGGCGGACCCUCAGGGGAUCAUGUUGCCUGGUUCCGGCAGUUGGAUGAAGAUUAUAUCAAGCCCCGACUUCUGCUGGAUCAGUCGAACCACAAGGGGCCUGGUGCUGUUUAG